AAGUAAUGGCUUCCUGCUGCUGAGUGAUACUUCAUCGAAACACAGCUUCCCCAUAUCACACACACACACAAAACGCAGCAGCAGGGGUCUGGUUUUCAUAUCAUAGCAUCAUUAUGUCAAGUCAAAGCGAGCCCACCAUCACAAGAGACAAUCUACUGCAAACUCCUGAACAGGAACACGGCUCCUCAAAACCCAAACAGUUCUCACCUGCCAAUGUACGUAAACUGGGGUUGACGAGGAAGGCGAGAGACAGGAGGGAUUUCCAGGAAAAUGAGAACCCAGAGGAGAGGGAGCGGAGACACAAGGAGCUGGAGCUGAAGCCUCUGUACAAAGAGCUGCUGUACACCAUCGCUCACAGCAUGGGCAAACCGUCCUCCGCCGAGGUCUUCACCGAGAGCCGCCUCCACCAGUACAUCCAGGAGGCGUUCACCAUGACGGAGGCCGAGCACAGCAGCCUGACGGAGAGCGUGCACGGCGCAGAGCCUCCAGUAUACUGCCUCAUGGCCACUGUAAAGGAAGCCAAGGAAAUCCUGGGGAAAGACAUCAGUGGUUUCAGUGACCCGUACUGCCUGCUGACCAUCAUGGAGGAUGAGGAGGAGAGCCGAACACGGCGCUCCAAAGCCAAACCCUCUAAAUCUAUUGUGAAGGACGUUGUGUCCAAUGACAAAAUCUACCAGUCAGAAAUAAAGAAGCAGACUCUAAACCCUAUUUGGAACCAAACCUUCAUACUAGAGUUCAGAGACAUCGCCGGUGCCAGUUUCCAUCUUGAGAUGUGGGAUAAGGACGAAGAGGUUUCACUCACUCAGAAACUGGAGGACAUCAAAACCAACUUAAGCAGUUUAAAAAGGAUGAUCAAGGAUGCCAAAAAGGAGAAAGGCACGGAUGACUUUUUGGGCAAGGUGGUCCUGAAACUACAGGAUCUCCACUGUACUGAAGACAAUUGGUACAACCUGGAGCCCAGAACAGAGACGUAUCCCAAUCGCGGCAAGUGCCACCUGAACCUCAAGUUCAUCCAUAAAGCGAGAGACGGGACGCUGAGUGCCGGUCGCAGUGCUUACACCAACUACUGUGGGAUUCUGCAGCAGUUUGUUCACGCUUACAUCUCCAAGCAAAAGGGAUCCGCUCCGUGGAAAGGGGCGCUGUGCGGCGAGGCUCAGACUCUGCUGGAGUUCUACGCCUCGCAGAACGACCUCUCGCCUUUCCUCCAGGACCUGGCGAAGUGGGUGGCCUACAGCAAGCUGUACCAGAGUCUAGAGGUGGAUUCUUCUGUGCUCCUCCAGCAGCUGACCAGCGUGGAGUACCACUGGCAUCAGCAAGAGCUGCCGCACCAACAGAAACAGGAACUUGGGGACUCUCUUCAUGGUUUCCUGCAGUACGGAUUGUGUCUGGUGGCCAAAUACAGAGACAUCUUCCCCCCGACUCCCAGCGCUACUCCGAAACUACACACACUGCUCAGAAUCCUGGUCCAGAUCUGUAAGACUAAGGCGUUUCAGAAACUGAACCCGGCUAAGUUUGAGUUACACGACGAGAUCCACGAUGCCAUACAGACGGGUACACAGGAGUGGUUCACCAUCAAAAGGGGUCUGCAUCAGCCGAUGACUAAGGACCUGGCAGAGACCGUGAGCGCCCUCUCCAGGUUGAUCGGGGAGGUGCAGGAAGACAUAAAGCACAACAAGGACGCUUGGAAUCGGGUUUUUCUCAGUGCCGUGCAAGUGGACGUGUUUACUGUCGUCUACAAAAGGUUUGACUCCAUGGUGGCAACAGAAGUGAGGAAAACGCUGUCCAUGCUGGAGGGUCAGAUGGAGCAGGCUCUAGCCAACGCCCUUUUCCCUGUGUACCUGAGCCUGCAGGCCAUCCACAAAGACAAGGCUUUCUUAAAGACAAGGGGAUCGCUUGAGUUGACCGAAUUUCAAGAGGGCUUCAGAGAGGCUCUGCCCUACUGGCUGAACCGGGCGUUCAGCCUUACCCAGGACAGGGUGGAGAGGGCUGUGCAGGUGGACCAGCUCCAGCCCCUGCAGUCUGGUGCGGUGCCCAUAAAACACAGCACCUCAGCGGUGGACCUGGUGGCAUGCAUCCAACCCAUCUGCCAGUUGUGGGAGCAGCUGUCCUGGCCCGACCCCGAGGAGGCCUUCAUGCUCAUGGUCAAGCUCACCGAGGAUGUGUGCAAAAUUGUGGUGAACUACUGUCACGCCCUGAAGGAGAGAGUCCGGGUGCUGUCGCAGAACUCCGACCCCGGCAGUGCCAUCAACAUGUUGUGCGUGGUGGUGAACGACCUGGAGCACCUGCGGUCAGUGCUGAGCAAACUGCCCACACAGCUCAACUGGGCCGGGCUUCGGGAUCGGACCCAAAACGUGAUCGGAGAAAGCCAGUUCCACAACACCCUGCCCUCACAGCUGCAGCAAGCCCAGAGCGUCCUCAGCCGAGAGAUCGGCUCCGCUCUGGACACCCUCGGGAAAAAGUUGAACACGGACAUCGAGACUCAAGUCCGGAGCAUGUCAACCAGGAGGAGGAUUCCCUCCAAGUCCACAGAGGACGCCGCAGCCCCUUUGAUGCGCUACCUGGAGCAGGAGCUGCAGUACAUGAAUGAAAAUCUGGUCCAAGAGAACUUCAACAGUCUGCUGACUCCUCUGUGGAAUAACUCGGUGAAGAUCAUCUACCAGGUGUCCACCCGGCAUCCGCAGCAAGAAGGGUUCAUGGUGUUCUGCCAGAGACUGCUGUAUACGCUGCAGUGCCUGGAGCAGUGCUUCCUCGCUGAGGGAAACGGGCUCGCGGAGAAAACGCUCCACUCCCCCGAGUACAUGGUUCUCAAAGCUCACCUGACUCACAACUCUCGGAGCAGCUGGCAGCUUAUUGAGAAGUUCCUUCAGAGGAAAAUACAGGAGCAGAACGUGAACACCUCAGAGAAAUACGGAGCCGUCACCCUCCUGGCUUCCUACAGCAGAUCAGACCAAAGACUCCGAGUUGAAGUGUUGAAUGCGGUCAACCUCUUACCAAUGGACUCUAACGGUCUCAGCGAUCCGUUCGUGCAGCUGAGUCUGGAGCCGAACCACGUUUUCCCAGAGGUGGAGACCCGCUGCACUCGCAUCAAGAGCCGGGACCUCAAUCCGCUUUUUGAGGAGGCCUUUGAAUUUCUGGUAUCCCUGGAUCAGUGCCGGGCUCCAGGGGCAUGCCUGGUGUUGACGGUGCUGGACCACGACAUCUUGAUGACGGACGACUUUGAAGGCGAGGCCUUCCUGGCCCUCAAGGGCCUACCAGGAGUCGCUGGUGAAAUGAAAGGAGAUGGACUCAGCUCACAGCCAGAAGUCACGCCUGCUCAGAUCCGAUUGCCUCUAAUGCAUCCCAAACAUAACGAGGACAGCAUUCUGGCACUACUGGAGUCCAGGAGAGGGGAGCAAGAGGCUCAGGCCUACGUGAAGAAGCGAAGACAGAGAGAGAGACAGUCCCAGGAGGGCAUUCAACCCUAAAAAAAACAACUCAAAGACAACUUCUUCCUUCAAAAAAUAUACAAUUUAUUUUGAAUGAUCUGUACCAAAUUGGCGUCGGAUGAGUUGCGUUAGUGAGCAUGGGUUUACCGAAGAGGGAUCAUCAACCCUUUCACAGCGGAUUCAAACCUCAUCACCUCACACAUCUGGCUGCUUCCUGAUGCUAGGUCUUAAUCAGUGCAAGAAAUAAGUAUGGUAUCACUUAACUAUGUGUGUAUAUAUAUGUAUUGGACUAUAUUUGACACACAAAAAAAUGUCAAAGAAUACUACAAAUGUAAAAAAAAAAAUAAAAAAAAAAAAAAAAUGUUGGCAAAGAAACCGUUGAGACGUUGAUUUGAAACAAAAAGUGGGCCGCGUUUUAAUAAAAGUUGGUACGUCCAA